GCUCAGUUCGAAGAUCGUAUUCGUGAUUCCUGAUGGUGGUACGGAUGGGCGAUCAGCGCGUUCCAACAGGCACCUGUCGUACGAAGGCGACCGAGUCAUGAAAGUCUGUGCACGCUGCCUGCUCGCUGGUUAAAGUAUUGAGUUAGUAUGAAGGACAACUUGUUUUCUUGACAUCAAUCCGAGGCUGUUUGUGCACUCAGCUGGAGUAAUCGUGAUAAAAAAGACAAGAUGUCUGUGAUGCUUGUGAUCGUGGCUAAGUUGCGUCGCCAACGACAUGUCUUAGGCAAACACCAAAAGCAAUCAUGAUUUGUUGAAAUCAUUCUUCUGGUUCUGGUGUAUAGUGAGUUCUAGUGGAAGAGUAUUCCUUCAGCGUGACAUCCAUAGGUUUUUCAAUGGACAGUUCAAUAAUUGUAGGUCUUAUUUUCCCUUGAGUCGCCGGGCGGGGCCUUCGCGCCUUGAUUCGGCAUAUUCGAAACACCAUCGCACCAGUUUUUGCACUGAGUUCAGGCAAAUCCACCUCGAAGCGACUUACUCUUUGCUCCUGUUUGUCUUUCGCAUUGCCUUUGGUAAGUAUCACUAAGUAUCAACCACAAUGCCGUUUGCGUGCGUAAUCGAGGCCCAGCACCUGGCCAUGGUGCUUAAAGGUUUGGAGGGGUUGAGUAACACCGUAGUAAUUACGGUAAAGGAGGAAGAAGGGAUGUUCGGGCACGCACAAGACGAUGCCUUGGUAGCACUCUGCGACUGGAAAAUCAGCUUUGACGGCUUCUCUCACUUCGAGUUCUUUCGCACGGCAAAAACCUGGUAAGUAUGUUGUGUCGGGAUGGUCACCAGGCUCUGUUUUUACUUAUUUGUAAUUGUUCCCGUGCUUCUGCAUAGCAAAGGCAAACCAAUCGCACUGUGGCAGGAUUACUGCUGCGAGACGGCGCUUGCUUCUUUUUGUGAGUCGAUGAACAUGAAUCGCGAAAGACCAAAUCAAUCUACAUCAGUAUCUCAUGGAAGCUGGACGUUCGGUGGCUGCUGAAAAUGAUUGCUGGUGCGGAGGCAGGCAACCACAUAGAAAUCUACAGUAACGAUAAUCCGACAUUUCUCGGAUUAUCCUACAUCGAAACGUCCGCGGGAAAGCGCAAAACUAGCGAGGUAAGGUAGACGAUUUCCCAUCCUCAAUGUAUCGGAGUUGACGUCGUGCAACCUCAGGUCUCAGUGAUUUUGAUGAAGAAAGGAAAAGCUUCGGCUGAGACUGAGUCCUGUAGUUAUUUCAUCUACUGUCGUACCAACAUCGAUCAGGAAUUCAACGCGAAGCUGCCGCUUUUGAAGAUAACUGAGGAUGAUCGGAUGAAGGUGUCAAACGUCCCGAGCGAAUACUACGACAACCAAGUCCGCAUGAACAGCAAGACACUGUUGUACAUGGUAAACGCCCUGCAGACCCAGGCAGCGAAUGUCCGCAUCUCCGUCGACCCCCAGAUUUUCAGGUGCUCCAUAGAAAGCAGGGAAACAGGUACGAGGACCUAGUGGCGGAGCUUUCGCUCGUGGUUCGGAGCUUCUUUCUUUAUGUUUUUUGCAGCUAAUAGUACUCCCUUUAAAAUAUGCACGACAUCUUCAUUUACAUUUUCAGGUGUAAGUACGCACCUGAGCAUACCACAAAAGAACGACACAAUGACGAACAAGGAGCACUGGGUCGAUCUCUCCGGCAUGCGACGAAGCUUCGAGCAGCGGUUUCCACUCAAGUUCCUGCAAACGUUUACCAGUUGCGCGAAUCAGGUUGGACGAGUAGAUCUUUUUUUCAGGCAGAACCACCCCAUCAUCGUCCGAUACUUUCUGGGCGAGUCACAGAAAAACGGCUACCUGUCCUUCUUCACCUCGCCGCUGCUGCAAAAUGACGGCACCAGAGACGAAGACGUGGCUCCAGGGCUGUAGUAACAGACAUAUUUUUGAGGCUUUUAGUUGCAGGAUGUAGAUGUUGAAGUCGUCCUCGCGCUCGCACAAUGAAUCAAAAAAGGCAAAAGGAUUUGCUCAGUGUAGUUCCGAAAGAAUAACACGAACUUCACGGACGAGCGACUCGGAAUAUGACGUCUUUCACUUCUUGUGUGACGGAACUCGAGCUCCUGAAGUGAGACAUGGUGAUAUAGUAUAUGAGGAAAAAUGCUUGACCUCUUGUUCUAAGUACUUGUGUGCCAGCACUUGUUGUAAGUCAGUUCUGUCUUUAUGUGUUUGAUUCGCCACGCAGAAGUAGUGCCUAUUGAUGGUCGACGUUCAAUCUUGAGCAGGCAACUCAAAAGCGGACGGACUGAAUAUUGAUGUAUCAGCAGUCGAGAUCUUUUCAUCUGAAGGAAAACGAAACUGAGUCGCCGAAGAUCCAAUUACAGAAACCAAAAGAAAC